UAGACAACUAAAGUCCCGGAAGUUCAAGCAGUGCGAGUUUACUAGACAAGGAAGCGACGUUUAUUUACCUUCUUUUUCUAGUCCAGCUUGGCCAACAACCACUUUUAUCAUCUUGGGACAUUUUCUUUUCAUUCUUUAUUAUGCCUUUAUUUGCCCAAAACCCCUUCGACCAAGAUGUGGAGAAGGCAACCAAUGAGACCAACACAACCGAUGACUGGGGGCUCAUUAUGGACAUCUGCGACAAGAUAGGGACCACACCCAACGGGGCCAAGGACAGUCUGCGCUCCAUCAUGAGGAGAGUCAACCACAAAGUGCCUCAUGUCGCCCUGCAAGCCAUCAAUCUGCUGGGAGCCUGCGUGUCCAACUGUGGCAAAAUAUUUCACCUGGAAAUCUGCUCCAGGGAGUUUGCCAGCGAAGUGCGGAGUGCUCUCGGCAAGGCUCACCCAAAAGUGUGUGAGAAGCUGAAGGCUCUGAUGGCGGAGUGGGCAGAAGACUUCCAGAAGGAUCCCCAGCUCAGCCUCCUCAGUGCCACCAUCAGGUCUCUGAAGGAGGAAGGCAUCACCUUCCCAGCAGUGUCCUCGCAGGGGUCCAGUGUGAAGGUGGGCGCGCCUGCCGCCAUCAAAGCCUCGGACGAAGACGACCUGGCCAAAGCCAUCCAGCUGUCUCUGCAGGAACAGAAGCAGCAGAGCGACCUGCGACCCCCGGCGCCAACCGGCGAACCCCCGAGCUACAGCAACAGCGUCAACGGCCAGGAAGUGCGUAAGGUGCGAGCGCUGUACGACUUCGAGGCAGCCGAGGACAACGAGCUCACCUUUAAAGCCGGCGAGGUCAUCCUGGUUUUGGACAGCAGUGAUCCCAACUGGUGGAAAGGGGAGAACCAUAGGGGUGUGGGCUUGUUCCCCUCCAACUUCGUGAGCACCAACCUGACCAGCGAAGCAGAGACAGUGACCUCAGCAGAAACCAGCGUGAGUGCAGAGGACCCCGGCCUGGAAGACAAAGCGGACCCUGAGCCCAUCUUCAUCGACGAGGGGAAGAUGGACAGAACCUUGGCGUUGCUGCGGAACGCCGACCCUGCGGACCCCACUCCAGACUCCAACGAGCUGGUCCAGCUGGAGGGUGCGUGUGAGCAGAUGAACCCCAUGAUCGACGACAGGCUGCAGGAGAUUGACAGGAAACACUCCGAGUUGUCGGAGCUCAACCUGAAGGUUCUGGAAGCUCUGGAGCUUUACAACAAGCUCAUGAACGAGGCGCCGCUCUACCAGGCCUACUCCAAGAUGGCCCAGUAUGGCCCCGCCCCCCCUGCGGCCGCCAUGCAGGGCUACGCUGGCCCCUCCUACCUGCCCCCGCCACAGCCCUACAGUCUGCCCAGUGACCAGCCGGGGCCCCUGCAGUCUCUUGGCCCCGCCCCUCCAGCCCCGCCCAAUGGCCAGAUGGCUCCGCCCACCUACAUGAGCAACACACAUCACUUCAUCACCCAAGCACCUUACCUGCCACAGAUGGGCGUGGCCAUGGACAUGUCGGCCUAUCAGAGCUCAGGAGGGACACCUGUGUCCUACCCUGCUCCUGCUGCCCCCCCACAGCAACAACAACAACAACAACCACCACCACCACAGGGGGCCUACUAUCAGCAGCCCCUCCUCUGAAUGUGUGUGUGUGUGUG